AUGUAUAACGGACAGGAGAUGUGGAACAACAACAAUAAUCCGGCGCCGCCGGGUACGGGCGGGAGCGGCGGAGCAGGAGUGGCACCGAUUAUGGCACCAGGGACUAGUGGAGUAGCUCCGCCUGGUCCACCGCCGUCGAUUACUCCUUCCUACACUGUUCUUCCGACUGAGGCCCAACUCGACGAGCGAGCCAGGAAAUGGAUGCAACUUAACUCGAAACGGUAUAGCGAUAAGAGGAAAUUUGGAUUUGUGGAGACGCAGAAGGAGGAUAUGCCUCCUGAGCAUGUCCGGAAAAUCAUUCGAGAUCAUGGUGACAUGUCAUCUAAGAAGUUUCGUCAUGAUAAGCGUGUCUAUCUAGGAGCUCUAAAGUUUGUUCCACAUGCUGUUUACAAGCUCCUUGAAAACAUGCCCAUGCCAUGGGAACAGGUCCGUGAAGUGAAGAUUCUCUACCAUAUUACCGGUGCUAUUACAUUUGUAAAUGAAAUACCAUGGGUUGUUGAACCCAUCUAUCUGGCUCAGUGGGGUUCUAUGUGGAUCAUGAUGCGAAGAGAGAAGAGAGAUCGACGACAUUUCAAAAGAAUGCGUUUUCCACCUUUUGAUGAUGAAGAACCUCCACUAGAUUAUGCUGAUAAUCUUCUGGAUGUGGAUCCUUUGGAGCCAAUUCAACUGGAGCUGGAUGAGGAAGAAGAUUCAGCUGUUUAUACAUGGUUCUAUGACCAUAAGCCUCUAGUGAAAACAAAGCUUAUAAAUGGCCCCAGCUAUCGGAAAUGGCAUCUCUCGCUUCCAAUUAUGGCAACUCUUCAUCGGCUUGCUGGACAGCUGCUCUCUGAUUUGAUUGAUCGCAAUUACUUUUACUUGUUCGACAUGGAAUCAUUUUUUACGGCUAAAGCACUGAACAUGUGCAUACCUGGUGGUCCGAAGUUUGAACCUUUGUAUCGUGACAUGGAAAAGGGAGACGAGGACUGGAAUGAAUUUAAUGACAUUAACAAACUUAUCAUCCGCUCGCCUCUCAGGACGGAAUACAGGAUAGCAUUCCCUCAUCUAUAUAAUAAUAGGCCCAGGAAAGUGAAGCUUAGUGUAUAUCACACUCCAAUGGUCAUGUAUAUCAAGACUGAGGAUCCUGAUCUUCCUGCUUUCUAUUAUGACCCUCUAAUUCACCCCAUAACAAGUACCAAUAGGGACCAGAGAGAGAAGAAGAUUAAUGAAGAGGAUGAUGAAGAUUUUCAGUUGCCUGAGGGGGUGGAACCGUUACUAACCAGCACUCCAAUUUACACAGAUACUACUGCAGCAGGUAUUUCACUUUUGUUUGCCCCACGCCCCUUCAACAUGAGAUCUGGUCGGAUGCGGCGUGCUGAAGAUAUACCCCUUGUAUCAGACUGGUUCAAGGAGCACUGUCCUCCUUCAUAUCCCGUCAAAGUCCGAGUCAGUUACCAGAAACUGCUGAAAUGUUUUGUGUUAAAUGAGCUGCAUCACAGACCACCUAAGGCUCAAAAGAAGAAGCACCUGUUUAGGUCUCUCCAAGCUACAAAGUUUUUUCAGACCACAGAACUUGAUUGGGCUGAGGCUGGUCUACAAGUUUGCAAGCAAGGGUACAAUAUGCUGAAUCUGUUGAUCCACAGGAAGAAUCUGAACUACCUCCACCUUGAUUACAAUUUCAACCUAAAGCCUGUGAAGACCCUCACCACUAAGGAACGUAAAAAAUCACGGUUCGGUAAUGCUUUUCAUCUUUGUCGUGAAAUUCUGCGUUUGACAAAGCUUGUAGUUGAUGCAAAUAUCCAGUUCCGGCUGGGAAAUGUCGACGCAUUUCAAUUGGCUGAUGGGUUGCAGUAUAUCUUCUCACACGUUGGCCAGUUGACGGGUAUGUAUCGUUAUAAAUAUAGGCUUAUGCGGCAGAUUCGAAUGUGUAAAGACUUGAAGCACUUGAUUUAUUACCGAUUUAAUACUGGACCGGUUGGGAAAGGACCGGGAUGUGGUUUCUGGGCACCUAUGUGGAGGGUGUGGUUGUUUUUUCUCCGUGGCAUAGUACCUCUCCUGGAAAGGUGGUUGGGAAAUUUACUUGCCAGACAGUUUGAGGGACGACAUUCUAAAGGAGUGGCCAAAACAGUGACGAAGCAGCGUGUUGAAAGCCACUUCGAUUUGGAGCUUCGUGCUGCUGUUAUGCAUGAUGUUCUUGAUGCUAUGCCAGAGGGUAUUAAGCAAAAUAAGGCGAGAACUAUCUUGCAGCAUCUGAGCGAAGCAUGGCGCUGUUGGAAGGCAAAUAUUCCUUGGAAGGUACCUGGUUUGCCUGUUCCAAUCGAGAACAUGAUUCUGCGAUAUGUCAAGUCAAAAGCUGACUGGUGGACAAAUGUUGCUCAUUAUAACCGUGAGCGUAUCAGGAGAGGGGCAACAGUGGACAAGACAGUUUGUCGAAAGAAUCUUGGACGAUUGACCCGCCUUUGGUUGAAGGCUGAACAGGAACGCCAACACAACUAUUUAAAAGAUGGUCCAUAUGUCACUCCAGAAGAAGCUGUGGCUAUAUAUACAACCACUGUGCAUUGGUUGGAAUCAAGAAAAUUCUCUCCGAUUCCAUUUCCUCCAUUGUCUUACAAGCAUGACACGAAGCUUCUCAUCCUUGCUCUUGAGAGGUUAAAGGAAUCUUAUAGUGUGGCUGUUAGGUUAAACCAGCUACAAAGAGAAGAGUUGGGUCUUAUUGAGCAGGCUUAUGAUAAUCCGCAUGAGGCUUUGUCUCGUAUUAAACGUCAUUUGCUUACACAGCGUGCUUUCAAGGAAGUCGGCAUUGAGUUCAUGGACUUGUACAGUUAUUUAAUUCCAGUUUAUGAGAUUGAACCUCUUGAGAAGAUCACUGAUGCAUAUCUUGACCAGUAUCUAUGGUAUGAGGGUGACAAACGUCACCUCUUCCCAAAUUGGAUUAAGCCUGCAGAUUCAGAGCCACCCCCGCUGUUGGUCUAUAAAUGGUGUCAGGGAAUAAACAACUUACAAGACAUUUGGGACACUAGUGAAGGACAGUGUGUGGUGAUGCUUCAGACCAAAUUUGAGAAAUUUUUUGAAAAGAUUGAUCUGACCAUGCUUAACAGGCUUCUGCGACUGGUUCUUGACCAUAAUAUUGCUGACUAUGUCACUGCUAAGAACAACGUUGUAUUGUCUUACAAGGACAUGAGCCACACAAACUCGUAUGGUCUCAUACGUGGUCUUCAGUUUGCUUCUUUUGUAGUGCAGUACUAUGGACUCGUCCUUGAUCUUUUGCUGCUUGGUUUGACUCGAGCCAGUGAAAUUGCUGGUCCACCCCAGAUGCCAAACGAGUUCAUUACUUAUCAUGAUACUAGAGUAGAAACAAGACAUCCAAUUCGUUUAUACUCCAGAUACAUUGACAAGGUGCAUAUAUUAUUCCGCUUCACCCAUGAAGAAGCUCGGGACCUUAUCCAGCGGUAUCUCACUGAGCAUCCAGAUCCGAACAAUGAAAAUAUGGUUGGUUAUAACAACAAGAAAUGCUGGCCAAGAGAUGCCAGGAUGAGACUUAUGAAGCAUGAUGUAAAUCUUGGUAGAAGUGUUUUCUGGGAUAUGAAGAACCGUCUUCCUAGAAGCAUUACCACUCUUGAAUGGGAGAACAGCUUUGUAUCUGUCUACAGCAAAGACAAUCCAAACUUACUUUUCAGCAUGUGUGGGUUUGAAGUUCGUAUACUGCCCAAGAUUAGAAUGACUCAAGAGGCUUUCAGCAAUACAAGAGAUGGAGUUUGGAAUCUGCAGAAUGAGCAGACAAAAGAACGUUCGACUACAUUCACGAAGAUUGUUAACAAAUGGAAUACAGCACUUAUAGGCCUCAUGACAUAUUUCCGGGAAGCAACUGUUCAUACACAAGAACUGUUGGAUCUGCUGGUAAAAUGUGAAAAUAAAAUACAGACCCGUAUUAAGAUUGGAUUGAACUCGAAGAUGCCUAGCAGGUUCCCUCCUGUUAUCUUUUACACCCCGAAGGAAAUUGGAGGACUCGGAAUGUUAUCAAUGGGUCAUAUAUUGAUUCCCCAGAGUGACCUCCGGUAUAGUAAACAGACAGAUGUUGGCAUAACUCAUUUUAGGAGUGGAAUGAGUCACGAAGAGGACCAGUUGAUUCCAAACCUGUAUCGUUACAUACAGCCAUGGGAGAGCGAGUUCAUUGAUUCACAACGUGUUUGGGCUGAAUAUGCAUUGAAGAGGCAAGAAGCCCAAGCGCAAAAUAGGCGUUUAACUCUGGAAGAUUUGGAAGAUUCAUGGGAUCGUGGGAUACCUCGGAUCAAUACCUUGUUUCAGAAGGACCGCCACACACUUGCAUAUGACAAAGGAUGGAGGGUACGGACAGAUUUUAAGCAGUAUCAAGUUCUGAAACAAAAUCCAUUCUGGUGGACACACCAGAGGCAUGAUGGGAAGUUGUGGAACUUGAAUAACUAUCGAACUGAUGUUAUUCAAGCACUGGGGGGAGUUGAAGGAAUUCUCGAGCAUACACUGUUCAAAGGAACAUACUUCCCUACUUGGGAAGGUCUUUUCUGGGAGAAGGCUUCAGGUUUCGAGGAGUCCAUGAAGUAUAAGAAAUUGACAAAUGCUCAGAGAUCUGGGCUCAAUCAAAUCCCCAAUCGAAGAUUUACCCUUUGGUGGUCACCCACUAUAAAUCGAGCAAAUGUAUAUGUUGGUUUCCAGGUGCAGCUGGAUCUAACUGGGAUAUUUAUGCACGGAAAGAUACCUACCCUAAAGAUAUCUCUGAUUCAGAUAUUCCGUGCUCACUUGUGGCAGAAGAUUCAUGAGAGUGUGGUCAUGGAUCUUUGCCAGGUUUUGGAUCAAGAGCUGGAUGCAUUAGAAAUUGAGACUGUUCAGAAAGAAACAAUCCAUCCAAGGAAGAGUUACAAAAUGAACAGCUCAUGUGCUGAUAUUCUUCUCUUUGCUGCCCAUAGAUGGCCUAUGUCAAAGCCCAGUCUUGUAGCCGAGUCCAAGGAUGUGUUUGACCAGAAGGCUAGCAAUAAAUACUGGAUAGAUGUCCAGCUUCGCUGGGGUGAUUAUGACUCCCAUGAUAUUGAGCGUUACACCCGGGCAAAGUUCAUGGAUUACACAACUGAUAACAUGUCUAUUUAUCCGUCACCAACUGGGGUCAUGAUUGGACUUGAUCUUGCUUAUAACCUGCAUUCUGCAUUCGGAAACUGGUUCCCUGGGUCAAAACCACUGCUUGCCCAGGCUAUGAAUAAGAUCAUGAAGUCAAAUCCGGCAUUAUAUGUCCUGAGAGAACGUAUAAGGAAAGGGCUGCAGUUGUAUUCUUCAGAACCUACAGAGCCUUAUUUAUCGUCUCAGAACUAUGGGGAGAUAUUCAGCAAUCAGAUUAUCUGGUUUGUUGAUGACACAAAUGUGUACCGUGUCACAAUACACAAGACAUUUGAAGGAAAUCUCACGACAAAACCCAUUAAUGGUGCCAUUUUUAUAUUUAACCCUAGGACGGGUCAGCUUUUUCUGAAGGUCAUUCACACAAGUGUUUGGGCUGGGCAAAAGCGACUUGGCCAGCUGGCAAAGUGGAAAACAGCAGAAGAAGUGGCUGCUCUGGUGCGGUCAUUGCCUGUUGAAGAACAGCCAAAGCAAAUCAUCGUGACACGUAAAGGAAUGUUGGAUCCCCUAGAGGUCCACUUGCUUGAUUUCCCAAAUAUUGUGAUAAAGGGAAGUGAGCUACAGUUACCUUUCCAGGCUUGCUUGAAGAUUGAGAAAUUUGGUGAUUUGAUUCUGAAGGCCACAGAACCACAAAUGGUCUUGUUUAAUAUAUAUGAUGAUUGGUUGAAGAGUAUUUCAUCCUACACAGCAUUCUCUAGACUUAUUUUGAUCUUGCGAGCUCUUCAUGUGAACAAUGAGAAGGCUAAGAUGUUGCUGAAGCCUGACAAGACAAUUGUCACUGAGCCCCAUCACAUCUGGCCAUCUCUAUCAGAUGAACAGUGGAUGAAGGUUGAGGUUGCCCUUAGAGAUCUGAUACUUUCUGACUAUGCCAAGAAGAACAAUGUUAACACGUCCGCUCUGACCCAAUCAGAAAUUCGUGAUAUAAUUCUUGGGGCUGAGAUUACUCCGCCAUCGCAGCAACGACAACAAAUAGCUGAGAUAGAGAAACAGGCAAAGGAGGCUAGUCAGCUGACAGCAGUCACUACAAGGACCACAAAUGUUCAUGGAGAUGAGUUGAUUGUUACUACAACAAGUCCAUAUGAGCAAGCAGCAUAUGGGUCUAAAACUGAUUGGCGUGUUAGAGCAAUAUCUGCCACGAAUCUCCACCUUAGGGUUAAUCACAUAUAUGUGACCUCAGAAGACAUUAAGGAAACGGGAUAUACAUACAUCAUGCCCAAGAAUAUUUUGAAGAAGUUUAUAUGCAUUGCCGAUCUGCGCACUCAAAUUGCUGGAUAUAUAUAUGGCAUAAGCCCUCCAGACAAUCCCCAAGUCAAGGAGAUUCGCUGUAUUGCCAUGCCACCACAGUGGGGAACUCAUCAGCAGGUUCAUCUUCCGUCAACUCUACCUGAGCACGACUUCAUGAAUGACUUGGAGCCUUUAGGAUGGAUGCAUACACAGCCGAAUGAACUUCCCCAGCUGUCUCCACAGGAUCUAGCCGCUCAUGCUCAGAUCCUGGCAAACAACAAACAAUGGGAUGGAGAGAAAUGCAUAGUUUUGACCUGCAGUUUUACCCCGGGCUCCUGCUCUUUAACUGCAUAUAAGCUGACCCCAUCAGGAUAUGAAUGGGGUAAAAACAACACAGAUGCUGGAAGCAAUCCCCAUGGUUACCUGCCAACCUACUACGAGAAAGUUCAGAUGCUUUUGAGUGACCGUUUCCUCGGUUUUUAUAUGAUACCUGAUAACGGUCCCUGGAACUAUAAUUUUAUGGGAGUGAAACACACUGUUGGCAUGAAUUCAGCAAUUUGGAGGAAGCUGAAACUGCUGAAGGAGACCGCGAAGAUACCUUCACUUGAAAUUCCAUGCAAGGUGUUUUAG